AAAGUUCGAAUUAUGCCAAAGGAAAUGACAUCUGAUUGGUUUUUAUUCACGCUUUCACCCGGAGAGGUUCUGAUGUACACUUCUCCGUCCAUGAGCGGCAUGAUCUCGUUCUCUCUGACCACACUGACUGUCCACGCGUCCUUCACGCCAUUUCUGACAGGAAAACAACCUACAGAAGCCACAUCAUGCUGCAAUAAUGAGACACAACAGUCGCCAGAUCAAAAAAAAAACAAACAGCAACCCGUACUUAAGUUAUUCACAAGCUUUUCCUGUUAAAGUGGGCGGCCAUGUUGGUGUUUUUAACGUAAAUUACCCGAUUCUCUGUCAGCAUGUCUAAGCUCAUCAAGGUUUAAACAUCUCGCCACGUCACGUGGAUAAAAUACAUUAUUUUUAGGUUCCUCGGGUGACCUCGGAUGCAUGGAGGUUCCGAAUUCAAUCGUAUAGAAUAGAGCGACAUUUUUUAACUUUUUGUCACCCAAAACUGGGGGCGGGGGGGGGUGCAAACAUCGUGCGCUCAGAUGUAUAAGCACUACUUUUGAAGGAAGCGUCUUUAUAGCGUCGCAGCUGUGUGUUAGGAAGUUGGGGUGAGAGCGCAGGAUCAGCCGCAAUAAUCUGUAUCUCGUCCACAGCGAGUGUGAAAUAUGAGGAAGGAAACGCACUCUGGAUAUCCGUGACCUCCUGCUUCCACCCGUGUGGUGACGCAGCGGACCGUGAGCUCGCUUUCACUUCCUGUGUGGGAGAAACGCACGGCGUCGCGCGGCUGGAAUUUCACACUGAUCUCGAAACCCAGUAGAGUUUAAGUUAAAGAAACGGUUGAACAUUAAAAAGGGUUUUCGGUCGUCCGGAUGUUAAAUGUCACGUAAGGGCUCCGCAGCAGGGACGCAGGAGGAGGAUGUCGCCCCCUCUCAAUAUGAACCACUAUGCUAAUAAGAAGAGCGCGGCAGAGAGCAUGCUGGACGUAGCGCUGCUGAUGGCGAACGCGUCUCAGCUGAAGGCGGUGCUGGAGCAGGGGCCGAGCUUCACCUUCUACGCACCAAUCAUCACACUCAUCAGCAUCUCACUCAUCCUGCAGAUCAUCGUCGGAGUUUUGCUCAUCUUCAUCGUGAAGUGGAACCUGAACGACGAAAGUAAACACUACCAGCUGAACGUCCUGGAGAACGUCUCCACGGCCCUCGUGUUCAUCAUCGUCGUCGUGAACGUCUUCGUCACGGCGUUUGGCGUGCAGCGACCCAACACGGGCGCCUGAUCGACACGGAGAUCGCACGCGUCAGGUCCGAGGCAGUAAGAAGCGCCACUCGAGCGCCGCUCGGGUUCUGGGACCUACGGAGGACGUUUUCACCUUCACCUGCUCAUCGGACCUGCUGACCUUCUCCGUGACUCGCUGUAGGAGCCAGAGACGAACACAAACAGGACUCUGUAAAAAACAUCAUAUAUAUCUAUAUAUAUCUAUAUAUAAUAAUCCUAGGUCAAAUUUUGCCCUUCAAGUGACUGUGUUCACGUUUGUGUUAUAGACGUUUGGGAUUUAUUGCUACUUAAGACAAAUGAAACAAAUGCUGUUUGGGGUUUACAAAUUCACAAUUAUCUCCAAACUAACGGCGGGAAGCAAAACUAUUCCACGUCAUAUCACUGCCUCGAUGAAACGCACGCGUCAUAUUAUAUUCAUUUAGAUCAAAGCCGAACGACUGUGCGUCAUCGCACGUGGUGACAACGGGUCACGCGAUCGAUGGCGAUAUUAAUAGUAUCAGUGUAAAGAAUAACGGCAGAAUGAAGACACUGGCCCUUAUUCAUCAGAGCUGUGUAGAACGGGAGUACAGACCCGAGCGCGAGUCGCUACUCGGUCCUACGGUUAACGAGUCCGCGUUAACGGACCCCUUCCUUACGAGAAACACCCCAGUGUUACGGAGACGUUUCCGUGGUGAACGCGGUUCAUACAAUGAUUUCGUAUGAGAAGAGAAAGUAAUGAGUCCUGUCGGGUACUUCGAUUGGACACGAAACACGGCGUAAUUUGAUCACGUGUCAGGGGUCAGGGGUCAGGGAUCCGGUAAUGGGAUAGGAUUCAUCGGUGUGAAGAUCCGAAGAAAGAUAAGAGAUUUCAGCGAAGCUGCGUUAGAGCUUUCUGGAAUAUCUCAGCUGUACAGGAAUAACAGAUAUCCAUCCUGAACAGAUCACACUGACCUGAAUAAUAAUAAUAAUAAUAAUAAUAAUACACGCUUUGAUGAAUAAGAGCCGGAAUGUUCCGUGUUCACGAGUUUCCACUACGCACGUUGAUCUCUUUUAUAGCUAUUUUACAUCUUUUUUUUUUUUUAAUGCAUUUGAAUUAUUUAUCGGAAUCAAAAGGUGUAUAAUGUGUGUGUGUGUGUGUGUGUAAGAAAUAAUUUUAACAAAAAAAAAUCUAAUUUAUAAAAUUGUAAUGAGUCUAAUCCACGGUUUUAAGACGAGUCUGAUAUUUUUACUUCCGGCUUGGUUUUGUAUGUGUUUUUGCACUGAAUAUACCACGGAGCUUCCAGUUCAGCACGAGGUGUGUGUGUGUGAUGUAUCUGAUAUAAUCAAACAUCAGACACCGAACAGACCUAGGCCAAUCAACAUCUGAGCAUGCAGGGACUCGUAUGCCUUUAUUAAUGCACUUAUCACUUCCCCAAACUCCUUCCUGUUUAAAGAUGUUGCCUCGGUUGUCUUGCUAUCAGCUGCUAGCAGCAAAUACAAGUGAGGAGGAUUCAAGGCUGAAGUUAGAGCGCCAUCUGGUGGCCAGGAGCUCCAUUACACAUCACGGACAUGUAAAAACAUUCCGCUGCUUUCAUUUCAGAUCCGAUUCGGUUUUUUUUUAACCUGAAAUAGAUCGGUUUUAUUCGUGUGUAUGUCUGUAAUUUGUCAUUAUAAAGAAACUGAACCUGUAUGAUAUAUUACUUUAAUAUGAUUGUUUUAGCAUUUCUUCUCUUCUUUUUUUUUUUAUUAAAAGACAAAAAGAGGAAUAAAAAUAAAGAUGACGAAG